AUCUCUCUGGACGCUCUUCUGGGUAGUCCCGCCUCCAGCGCGUAAAGGACCCGACGCGCUUUUACGCACUGCAUUUAGUUGGAGCAAUUUGGAAGCGCAGGAGGAUGACGGGCAGACACAUGGGUUUGCUACUACAGAUUUGCUUUCCCUCUCCGAAGGGAUGACUCCGGACGAUUGUGAUAUUCUGAAGGGCUUACAAACCACAACUGGAGAGAUGCUGAGCGCCAACGUCUCCAAGUCAUUGCGGGAAGGCAAUGGCACCAAGAACUCCAGUUGUGGAUCUGUAUCAGUUGGUUUCCCUAUAACCAUGAUGAUCACUGGCAUGGUGGGCAACACAUUAGCUCUUAUUCUGGUGUACAUUUCUUACAGAAAGAAGGAAAAUAAAAGGAAAAGGUCGUUCUUGCUUUGCAUCGGAUCCCUGGCGUUAACUGACCUGUUUGGACAGCUUUUGACUAGUCCAAUAGUAAUAUCAGUCUACAGAGCUGAUCUGAAAUGGGAGCGUAUCGACUCAUCCGGAAAUCUGUGCGCUUUUUUCGGCGUGUGCAUGACAACUUUUGGUCUGUGCGCUCUCUUCUUGGCCAGUGCCAUGGCCAUUGAAAGGGCUAUGGCGAUAACAAACCCUCACUGGUACUCAAAUCACAUGAAGACAAGUGUGACAAAGCAGACUCUUGCUGUCAUAUGGUGUCUUGUGUUGCUCUUUGCGCUCCUGCCCAUUGCAGGGGUCGGUAAAUACACGCGCCAGUGGCCGGGCACCUGGUGUUUUAUCAGCGCGGGGGACAGGGAAGUCCCGGGCAAUAUGUUUUUUGCCAUCACUUUCGCUGGACUUGGGAUUUUCUCUCUGCUUGUGACACUUUCCUGCAAUGUAGUGACGAUCCGGGGCUUAAUUAUCCGAUGUAAAACAAAGUCUGGCACGUCUCAGUCUUCAAAACAGUGGGAACGGCUCACCACAGAGACCGUCAUUCAGCUAUUAGGGAUCAUGUGCGUCCUGCUUAUAUGCUGGUCUCCUUUACUGGUUCUGAUGCUGACGAUGAUAUCCACACAGGUAUCCUCCCACGAUUGCAAUUCAACAGCAGUGGCCUCCAAUCACACCACUGGCCGAGAUGUCCAGUUAGACUGUAACUUUUUUCUGACAGCGAUUCGCUUGGCCUCCCUCAAUCAGAUCCUGGACCCAUGGGUCUAUCUGCUCUUCAGGGAGAUCCUCCUGCGCAAGUUCUGCAUCGUGGCUAACGCAGUGUCCAACUGCUCCAUAGACGAUCACAAAGAGAACCAGACAGCAUUGGAUGCUCUUAAUAAGCAGAACCAUGAUGGAAACAAUAUUCAUAAACCACAAAGUAACUAAGUCCAGCUUUGACUGGAAUUGCUAUCUUGUGACUCUGAAGCCGGGAAAGACUGGAUAGAUGUGAAAAUGAAUAACUUAUUGUCUGGAAUGUGUCAGGAAAACAUGGGGAUAAUAUAUUUCUCCAUGUAUUCCACACAAGGAUGUUGUCUGAUGGGAGACAAGUAGUCUCUGUUGCAGUGCUAAUGAGAACCAGUCGAGCCUUCGGGUGCAUUUGUUUUGACAAAAACAUUCAGAGUCGCCUAUGUGGAUGCAUGACUGAGUCACCUCUGGCUGCCAGGACCCCUGUCAUUGCUCAUUUUCAGUUUUAAUAACAUCUUCUUGGCCCAAGAAUUGAAUAUGGGUAACUCUAAACUGACUUAUAUGGAAGUGGUGCAUCUUUGUGCUCUUUUCAGUGUCUGAACUGAGUCAUUGCGCUCAACAACUUGAAGCCAUAAUCCAUCUAAAGGACAUGGUUUUGAUGAAUGUUUGUAAAUUUAAAAAAAAAUCAGUAAAUUGCUUAUAUUAAGUUGUAAAUAGAUUCACCAUAUCUUGUGAGAACUUUAAGUUUGUUUGAGGAUGGGUAUGCAUCCAGAAGAUAAAUGCAAACCCUAAACUGGAGCCAGUUGUUGAUUGUAAGAUUAUUUAUUAGUGUCCGUUGGGUCUCAGCUGUAAAUUGUACAAUGUAAUGUACGUGGUGUUCCUCGGCUAGCAGCCAGGACUAUGAAAUGUGAAGUUAGACACUUUUCCUCCUCAAUAUGAUGCACUGGUAAACUGUUGAGCAAUUAUUCUCUCAGCAGUAUUUGUUUCGGCAUGACUUCAAGUCCAAGUGAGGACAGUAGAUUUGUGGUGUUCAACAUUAUGAGUUAUGAAUGACACUACUCAUACUGUAGUUACAGGGCUGUAGCCAUCAAGCCAAAUGUUUCAUUGGAUUAAAAUGAUUCUUGUUCUGUAAUUAAAUAGUGUGUAAUGAUAACAUAUAUCUAAUUUCACCAGCCAAGUCUUUUUAGAGGGAAAAAACAGUAAUUGCUGCAGUUGUAUGACAAGUGACAUCAGAAGUACGAGUGCUCUUUGGAUACACGACCCAAAACACAGACACCAUAGAAAUCAUGUUUUUAGCUGCAUGAAUUCAUGUUUUUUUAUUCUGUGGUGAAUGUCUUGGACGUGUUGAAUGUAUCCCUUAUCAUUUUUCUUAUUAUCAGCCAAAUCUUAUCCUUGUAGCCGUGAUGCUACCUCUAAAUGGAAUUAAAUGUUAAUGUACAGUAUAAGGUCUUGGAUAAAGAAUGAAGGCACUUUUCAAUGAGAUGGUUUCAUGUUGUCCAUGUUGACAUGUAUAGCACCAUCUCAUUGUUGUACAAACUGUAAAUAUAUGUUCGAAGAGGUCCAGCAUCUUGGUCAAAGAUAUAUCAAGAAUGGACAUGUUUGCUGUCAUGGAAACCUUCAGGGUGGGGGGCAGUUUCUCACACCAAUACCAACACCAUAACUCUGCCUUCUCAGCACAUCAGCCAACAUUAGCCAGACAUGCGCUCUGCCUUGCCUGGUCUUGCCUUUCAAAUGUGAGAAUACAUACAAGCUCAGUGAUAAUCACCCUGUAGGAAAUUGUCUAUUAUCUGCGAUCAACAUUUACUGUUUACCGUGUAACAUGAUUGCAAAGCCUGUCUGCUUUAGUGUCCCGCUCAAUCAAAUACAUUUGGUUUCCGAGUGAAAAAAAAAAAAGAAUGGAAAAAAACAUUUCUUCAGGAGUGCACUGCACAGAAACCAAUUAUUUGGCAUUAUGCAUGAUUAUUCUGGAGCUCAUUUCCAGCCAUUAAUGUGCAGCGAGGUCUGUAUUUAGUAACGUGCUUGUUUACAUAUGAAAACACUUAUGUAUUCCUCAACAAAUAAUCAGUUUCAUUAAACUAAGUCUAAGCUAACCUGAGGAGCAUUCAUUUCAAUCAACUUUAAUGCCGUACUGAUUUAACUCUUGGCUCUGCAUUACGAGCUCUUAUACCAAGCAUAUGUCCUCCUUUUGCAGCAGUUAAUAUGCUCCUCAAAAGUAACAUCUGUGAUUUAAUCCAUGCAUUUAAAGUAAUGGUUAUAUUUAUACUCAAGUAGCAGUAGGAUAAUGGAAGGUUUUACAAUUGGCUCAAUCAGCUUCAAAUUUAAUCUGCGUCAUGUAAUGAUCUUCCAGGAGACAAGAGCUUCCUGCUCUUCAGUUAAGAAUAAAUAAUUGCACCGCGGAAUAUCCUCUCACAGCUAACAGGCCCUAUAUGUGGUUGGGAAGUUUUCAGGGUCUUUUCACACCCAACCCCCACAGUGGAAAAUGGAUCUAGUUAAAGCCCCCGCACUUUACAGGGAGUGCUUUCUGUAAAGUUUACCAUUAUGAAAUAUAAUUGUUCAUAAGUGCCAGUUUAUUAAUCCACACAGUUUAUUUCUCAGAGGCGGUCAGAAUUCAUGUUUGACUUCAUGAAGAGGUGCAUCAGAAUCUAAUUAGCUUGCUAUUACAACUUGCUAUCGCAUAUUAAUCUCAAAAUCACACGAGCCUCUUUUAGAAAUGACACUAUGAUGUCAAGCUUCAGCUGUCUGCACUCUGAAGUUUGUUUCGCUAAUAUCCGUGAGUGAAAUUCAUUUGUGUGAAGGACAGAGACAUUUUAGCUGGCAAUAACAAACGAGAGUCCUGCACCGGCAUCGAAUGGAGUGUACAAUUACAUAAUUAUCUGAAACAGGCUUGAGGUCCGGAGAAUCCGGCGUUGCCAGCUGGCUCCAUCUCUGUCACUCAAGUCACUAAUGCAUGGAAGUGAUUUACUGAUUGCCUCAAGAGCAGAGGAGUCACUUGAGGUCUUAAGAUUUCAAGACAAGAUGAGAUUGUUUCUGAUAAAAAAAUAAAAACAGGUUCAAUUUGACAUUUUUGAGUAUGUUCAAAACAUAAGGGAAAUGCAUUUUCAAGUGUUUGUUAUACAUUGUUGUUACUUGGAAACCCUACAGUCUAGUGCUUUAGUAUACAGAAGAUUACUUUAUGACCUUUGGAAAAAUAGUGUGCUAUAAUAAUCAGUUUUGACUCUGUAACAGCUAUAGCACCAACAUAAGCAUCUAUCAAAAAGUAGGUACUGCUGGUGUUCAGGAGUUUACAUAGAAUAAAUGACUGAAACAGAGAACAGAAACCAUUUUUUGCAAUCAGCAGGUGUCUUUUCUGUUUCUUGUCUCUGUGGUAUCAUGAAAUCACAGACCCGCCCAGCUAGUUAACAUGUUGUUUACCAUUAGUUAAGUUCACUUAUAAGUUACAUGAUGAUCCUUUCAAAGUAAAGUUUUAUUGUUCAGCUUCAAUAAUGUGAAACUGCAGUCAUAAGUGAUGUGGAAAAAAAAAAACAUUUUCAGAAUAGAAAUCUAUUAAAAGGUACAAAAAGCCAAACAUGACAUGUAAUCAGUGUUCAAAAUGAAAACCAGCCUGGCCAGUACAACACUCAAGUCGAUUUGAAGAGUACACAAUAGAGUCACAUGUGCUUCACUGAUGAAUGUAAAUACAUACCAGAUGUCUCAGAUGUCCAUCUUCUUAUCAUUUGUUCACAUUCCACCGCUGCUUGUGAAUGUUAACCGAGAGCUCUGUGCAAAUAGGAGAGACGAUUCUCAGAUGAGGGCUAUUUAAACUCUUUACGCAGCUACUAUUUCUUUGUCAGUGCUCUUGUUAUUUUUAACACUCUGUUCAGGAGACUAAUGCUGUAAAUUUUGCAACCUAAUGUAGUGUUCCCUUUUGACAUAUCUGUCAUAGAUAGGCUUACUUAACAUGAAGUGGGAUGAAGUGAACAGAUAAAUAUCUACCUACCAGUCAAAGUGUCCUUGGUAUGUCUUUGUCCUCAACUUGACUUCUAUCAAACCAACAUUCAAUGCACUUUUGAUUCAUUUUGUUGCAAUGUCCUUGGCUUAUGUGUUGAUGUUAUGCUGUAAUUCUAUUAAAGGAUAUGAACAUAAUUUCCAGUAUGUGUUGGGCUUUUGUGGCUGCUGAAGCAUGUUUUCUUAUUAAAUAUUGAUACAUCUUCA